GCGGUGCUUGGGUGCGAGGCGGAAGUGACGGCGCGUCAUGGCAACCGCGGGCUCCUGUGCGCUGAGCACGCCCCACGCCGGGCUGGCAGAGCAGCCCAGGGGCCGGCGCUGUGGUUUGCGGUGCGGUCACACGGAGGGGUCCCCUCGGUCCUGCUCGGGGUCGCUAUGAAGGCCUUGUUUGGGCAGCAGAACUCCCCUGGAGAGGAGAUGACUUUCGUGUUCCAGGAGAGAGAACAGCUCCCUCCCCCCGGGGACCACGAGGUGAAGGUGCAGGUGAGGGCCUGUGCCCUGAGCUGCCUGGACACAAAGCUUCUGUCAGAAAUUAAACUGAAGAAGGAACUUGUACCUGUGGGGCGAGAGAUUUCGGGAGUGGUGCUGGAAGUUGGGAGCAAGGUGACCUUUUUCCAGCCCGAAGAUGAAGUGGUGGGAAUUUUGCCUCUGGAUUCUGAGGAGUCUGGUCUCUGUGAAGUUAUCCUGGUUCACGAGCAUUAUUUGGUGCAGAAGCCAGAGAAGGUGUGCUGGGCUGCAGCGGCCGGGACGGUGCGGGACGGGCUCCGGGCAUACACGGCCCUGCACUACCUGGCCCAGGCGGCUCCCGGGGCAACGGUGCUCGUGCUGGACGCAGCCAGUCCGUUCGGCACCAUCGCCGUUCAGUUGGCCCAGCACAGAGGGGCCAAAGUCAUCUGCACUGCCCACAGCCUGGAGGACAAGCAGUUCCUGGAGAGGCUCAGGCCUCCUGUGGCUCGGGUGAUGGACGUGUCCCAUGGCAAGAUGGACGUGGCCGAAAGCUGCCUGGAGGAGACGGGAGGGCUGGGAGUGGACAUCGUGCUGGAUGCUGGAGUGAAAUUAUAUAGUGCUGAAGAUGAAUCAGCUUCAAAAUCCCAGCUGCUGCCUCACAAGCACGACAUCAUCACUCUGCUUGCGGUUGGGGGACACUGGAUAACCACAGAGAAAAACCUUCAGCUGGAUCCUCCAGACAGCCAUUCCUUGUUCCUCAAAGGAGCCACGGUGUCCUUCCUGAACGAUGAGAUCUGGAACUUGUCCAAUGUGCAGCAGGGGAAGUACCUCGCCAUCCUGGAAGAUGUCAUGGAGAAGUUAUCAAGUGGUGUUUUCAGGCCUCAGCUGGAUGAACCCAUCCCACUGUACGAGGCCAAGGUUUCUAUGGAAAUUGUUCAGAAGAAUCAAGCCAGAAAAAGACAAGUCAUCCAGUUCUGACAGGCAGUCUCCUGAUUUCGGAGCCCGAGGGAGACAAAGAAACGUAAUAUAUUUGUGGAGUGAAUCAGUGUACACUUUCAGACAGUUCUGUAACCAGAAUUUAAACAUCCUUUGUACCUCA